AUGUCAGACGUGGAAGCAAAUAGCCCAUCAAAGUUGAAGGAAGAGAUUGAUGACUUGUUUGGUGAUGAUGAAAAUAUUGAGGUAGAGGAGGAAGAUGAAACACCAAAAGAUAAUGAGACGUAUUUGAAAAGCGAAACGGAAGAUAUCCCUUUUGGACAAGGAGAAUAUGAUCAAUCGGGUAGUGAUCGAGAUGACUACGAUGAAGAUAAUUCAGAAAAGAAUAUCCUUGAACUAUCACUUCCUCGUCACGCGGUAUCGCUGAUGACAGAAGGUACUCAACUUUUGAAAACGCCAAUGCAUUUGAACAUUGACCCGCAUCCGUUUGACCCCAUUACGUUUAAAGAAGAAGUGGAAACUAACGAACUUGAGAGGGUGGAAAAGGGACUAACAUCGAAACAAAUAUAUAAUGAGAAAUUGGCUGAAAAAUUGAUUAAUGAAACUACUGUGAGAUGGAGGUAUCACAAUUCAGGAAACGAUGAAAUUGUAAAACAAUCAAAUGCCCAUUUCGUGCAAUGGGACGAUGGGACAAUAAGUUUGAAAAUUGGAAAUGAAAUGUUUGAUGUAAAGACAUUGCCAGUUGCCGAUAACUACUUGGUGAAAUCGUACAAGACCGCAGAGAUUUUGCAAACUGACUCUAUUGUCGAAAACACUAUCAACUUGUUGCCAGCAUCGAGUGAUUCCAUACACAAGAGACUUACCCAAGUAAUGAAGAAUAUUCAUUUUAAAGACAAGAUCCUCAACACUACUACCGAAGACGAUCCAUUAAAGAAGCAAAGAAUAGCUGAUGAAAAUGAACGGAAAAGGAUGAAGAUGAAGAGACAAUUGGAGAGUAGGAGGAGACUAGAGGAGGAAAAAUUCGAAAGAGGAGAGAGCCCAGCAAUGGGAGUCAGAGAGAGCUCGUAUGCUCGAUUUGCUAGAACUUACGGCGAUGAAGAUGAUAAUGACGGUAUCGAUGGUGAAGAGUAUGACGAGGAGGAUGAUUUUGUUGCUGGUGAUGAAGAAGAGCUUGAGCAGUAUGAUGAUGAGGAUGAAGAGGAGGGAGAGGGGGGGGAUGAUAAUGAGGAUGAGGAGUUUGAGAAAGGUGCUGAGAGGUUACGUAAAUUGAAAGAGGAGGGACAAGCAAAGUAUAGAGAAAGUUCAGCCGAGGAAGAAACUAGAAAGAGAAGGAGAAUCAUUGAAAGUGAUGAGGAUGAAUAG